CCCGAGGCCGGCCCCGACAGGGCACCACCUAACCUCCCCAUAGGCUGGAUUGCCCAAUGGGACGGAAAUACCGGCGUGUCGACAUGGGAAGUGCCCACGGAAGCCGCUCCUACUGUGCUCUCUCCAGGAAAUACUCCAGCACAACACCAGAACCCUUUCCCGGCCCCUCAUGAUGCUCAAGGACAAGCGACACGCGGCGUGGACGGACAAGAGGGCGAACGUGGACUUGGACCUCAGCAACAGCAGCAUUCAUCUGGCCUCGGAGGUCUGGCUGCACAAUUCCUCGGCGGUAACUCGCACUCAAACUCAGGCCAAGCUCAAAAUCAGAGUCACAACAGUGGUGGCGCUGCAGGAUUGGUUGGUAAACUUGCUGGAAACUUUCUAGGAGGAGGAAACAAGCCACAAGGACAGCAUUCAAACAGCAGUAGUGGCCACAACAGUGCUCUAGGUGGUCUCGGAGGUCUCCUGGGUGGCCAGCAAUCAAGUGGUAACCACGGCAAUGCUGGUGGAAGCAGCCAAGGUGGUGCCAUGAGUGCUCUUGGUGGAUUGCUAGGUGGCCACGGCUCCUCGUCUUCCCCCACUCCAUAUGGCCAGUCGGCAGGCUCGUACGGUGGCCCAGGCGGACAGACGACGGGCACAUACGGCACUCCUGCCCACAGUGCUCCAGCACAACAACAUGGACAAUAUCAGUCGUCACACAGCAGCGGACCAUCACCAAGUCAAUACGGCGGCCAGCCCUCGCACGCUUCUUCGGGUUAUCAAUAUGAUCAAUACAGCCAGCACCAGCACAAUCAGUACGGCGGGGCGCCAAACCACGGGCAGGCUCAACAAAACUCGCAAUACUCUGCGUACCAACCUGGUCAGGGAAGCAGUUAUGGGCAGGCACCUGGCGGUCAUGCAUCACACGGUGGGCCGACACAUGGAGGAGCAGCUCACGGUGGACCUCAAUAUGGGCAGGCACCUUCUUAUGGCGGGCCGCCUCAGGAACAGCUCACGCAGCAUCAGUACAAUCAGUACGGUGGAGCGCAUGAANCAGCUGCACCAACACCAGGCAUCGCAGGGGGUUAUGGAGGACAGGGCAACAACUACGGAGGACCGCCUCCGCCAGCAUGGCGA